AAAUCCUACGAUAACACGAAAAGUUUGUCGUAACAGCAGAUUUUCACGAGCGCAGCGAACGGAGUCGAAAAGUCCACCGGGUUGUGCAGAAAAGGGGACACAAAAUGGCAUCGCUGUUGAAAAUUUCCGCCAACCUUCGAAGCCCGGCACUGGUCGGGGCGCGUGCGGCCUCGUCGUACGCCGCUGCCUUCAAGUCGGCUCUCUCGAACGAACCAGCUACGGAGGUAACCACACUGGACAGUGGUCUGCGCGUGGCGAGUGAAACCCUUCCCACGCAGCUGGCCACCGUUGGUCUGUACGUUGAUGCGGGGUCGCGCUACGAGGACAAACACAACAACGGGACGGCCAACUUCUUCGAGCAUGUCGCCUUCAAGGGUACGACCAAGCGGUCGCAGUCGGCCUUCGAGCAGGAACUGGAGAGCCUGGGGGCCAGUGUUGACGCAACGACCGGUCGUGAAGAGACCGUAUUUCAGGCGCGCUGCCUAUCGAAGGAUGUCCCGAAGGUCGUCGAGCUGCUGGCUGAUGUCGUGCAGAACCCAAAGCUCGACGAUGGUGAUGUAAAACGUGCCCGAGAGGUGCUACUGGGUGAAAUGGAGCAAGUGGCGGCCAAGAACCUGCGCAGCGUGGUGUUUGACCACCUGCACGCCACCGCCUAUCAGGGUACAUCCCUUGCCAAUAGCGUGUGGGGCCCGACCGCUAACGUGCGCGGAAUCAAGCGCGAUGAUCUGCGCGGGUACGUCGCUUCGCACUUCCAGGCACCACGAAUGGUGUUGGCCGUGGCCGGAGACGUCCGUCAGACCGAGCUGGAGAAGCUGGCCCAGCAGCACCUUGGCAAAGUGGGAACAACGUUCGACGGUAAGGCGCCGGCUCUUUCGCCCGUACGUUACACCGGCUCGGAAGUGCGCGUCCGCGACGAUUCCGUGCCGUUGGCUCAUGUUGCGGUGGCCGUACAAGGCUGUGGUGUCAACGAGUCGGAUGCUUUGCCGUUGUCCGUCGCAGCCUCGCUGAUCGGUUCGUGGGAUCGUUCGCACGGCGCUGGCGUCAAUAGCGCCUCGAAGCUGGCCGUCGCUUCUGCCCACGACAAGCUGAGCCACAACUUUGAGUCGUUCAAUCUGACCUACCGCGACACCGGCCUGUGGGGUAUCUACUUCGUGUGCGACCCGCUGGCCUGCGAGGAUAUGCUGUUCAACGUGCAGAACGAGUGGAUGCGUCUCUGCACGAUGGUCACCGAUGGAGAGGUUGAGCGCGCCAAACGUCAGCUGAAGACGACCCUGCUGGCCGACCUGGAAGGGCCGCGGGGCAUCUGCGAGGACAUCGGACGUCAGGUGCUGCGCCAAGGACGCCGCGAUCCACUGCACGAGCUUGAGCGGCGCAUCGAAAACGUAUCGGCUGGCGAUGUACGCAAUGUGGCGAUGAAGUACAUUUUCGAUCGUUGCCCAGCUGUUGCAGCCGUCGGACCGGUCGAGAACCUGCCGGACUACAUGCGCAUCCGUUCAUCCAUGUCCUGGGUCCGCCUGUAAGCAGCAUCCCGAAGCAUAGGGCGCGCCUCUUGCUAUACCAUUAUCGUGUAGAACAGUCAAAUAUUAAUAUGUGUUAAUCGGAAAGAA